AUGGAGUAUCACCAUGCAUCAGAGAUGAACGAAGUCGUGUCCGAGUACCUGAACAUGCGCAUCGAGUCCACACAUAACGACUUGUGCAAAGAGAAAGAGUCCAAGGAAGCUGAAGAAUCCCAAAAGCGGUCCCUGAUUGAGAAAUCCUACAGCACCAUACUGAGUGAGCUUGGAGAGGACGUGGGCCGAGAGGGACUCCUACGGACACCGCUGCGUGCAGCCAAAGCCAUGCAGUUCCUCACCAAAGGCUACAAAGAAACCACCCAGGACAUCUUGAACGACGCAAUCUUUGACGAGAACCACGAGGAGAUGGUGAUUGUCAAGGACAUCGAGCUGUUCUCUCUCUGUGAACAUCACCUGGUGCCCUUCUUCGGCAAGGCUCACAUAGCAUACCUCCCAAACAAGAAAGUGGUUGGUCUCAGCAAACUUGCAAGAAUUGUUGAGAUCUACAGCAGGAGGCUUCAAGUUCAGGAGCGUCUGACCAAGCAGAUCGCUUCAGCCAUCUCUGAGGCUCUGGAGCCUGCGGGAGUAGCAGUGGUGAUUGAGGCUGUUCAUAUGUGCAUGGUGAUGAGAGGUGUGCAGAAGAUGAAUGCCAGCACCGUUACCAGUGUCAUGCUGGGAAGAUUCCAUGACGAUUUCAAGACCAGACAGGAGUUUCUCGCCCUCACAAUGAGGAAGUAAUACGUUUUUACCUCAACACACGGUUAAACAGGGAAUUGUACAGUGUUUUGACACGUAUGUUUUAUGUGUGUUUUUUUGUUAUUGGCUAGACUACUUAAAAUGAUAUUGUAUUUUUG